AGCGGCAACUGCAGUAACAAACAGUCAACGAAUUUGUACAAGCAGAUUUGGAAGGAUGGAUGAUUCGGUGUGCUUAACACAGGAUUCGAACUUUGAAUUUACCAAACAGAUUAAUCCAAAGGAACUCCAUUCUAAAAGUCAUUUAAAACGGAAGAAAGUCCUCAAAAGUUCAAAACAUUCACCGAAAAUUGUAAAACAAACAAUAAUGGUUCCGCAGACGAAGGAAGAAAUAUGUAUACAAUUACCGGGCAAGCAAACGAAACGAACAAACGAAGAACAUGAAAACAAAAGUAUGCAAGAUGACAAAAUAUUUGCUCUGGGAUCCCCCGUACUUAAGUACGAAAGUAGCAGAAAGCGUGAUCGUACUGAAGACACUUGCAAAAUAAUUCUCACAUUCGAUCAUGUGCGAGACGUUUAUCCUGCUCAUAAAUCAAACGAUGUUUCGAGUUUGGUUUUUGUUGUAACUGUGGAACAUGAAACAGAUGCCAUAAUAAAAAGCCUAAGGGACUUAGGUAUUAAGUAUAUCAUAAAAACUUUGAAGCUAAGCAAUGUUGGAGAUACAAACGAUAACGUCAUACAGAUGAAAGAGAUUGAAUUGGAAACACUAAGGAUUUGUGUUCGUAAUAAUGCCAAACGGUUGAUGGCAAAACAUAGAUAUCUCAGUAUCAUAGAAGGAUGUAGUUACAUUUUAGAUAAAGAACCAGUUGGUGCAACCAAGGCGUUAAAUUACGAGCCGCGACUGGCGUUAUAUGUACAUGCAAAGGGAUAUAUUCCAAUCGACGAAGAACCUUUCGAAACAUCGUAUGACGGCAUAAAAGUCGUCAUUCGGGAAGGAGUGUAUGUCCCAUUUACAAGAAAAGCUGACGAGUUCCAUGAACAUGUUAGAAUGGGUUGUAAAAUUCAGCGUUCACUGAAUGGCACUCUUGGUCUGUUUGUUGAACACCCUUCGUAUGGUCUUUGUGGCGUAUCCUGUGCACAUGUUCUACUAUCAGCUGUAGAAAUGAUGCAUUGUCGGGAAAGAAAUGGACGCAUAGUUUUAGAUUCAACUGACUGUGAUGUUUACCAACCUGAACAGCCUCACAAGAUUGGAAUACUUCGAGAAGUAAUUACCAAAGAAGGCUCUGAUUCAGAAUCAGGACUUGACAUCGCACUUUUCCAAAUAACAACCCGAUUUCCACAAGACGGGAAAUUCCCACAACCAAAAAUAAGCACUAUGCCAGAUAUUUCGUUUGGAUCUGGAAGGACGAUAGCUAUAAACGUGCACAAUGACCAAUGCUACAAAUUCGGAAGUUGUUCGGAUUUUACCGAAGGUAAACUUAUCAACUUGGGACAUCCUGGUUGCGUUCGAGACGUCUUACAAGUGGACAAAUAUACGUUUACAAUAUACAAUCAAGUGAGGGUUCAGUCAAAGUCAGGGCAUUUCUUUGCCAACAUGGGUGACUCCGGUGCACCGGUUUUUGUCAAGGAUGGCGACGGACAACUUGCAUGUAUUGGCAUAAUCGUCGGAGGGAGAGCAUCUGAUGGCGUAGUUUAUGUUACUCCCAUUACACGGAUUCUGCAAGAACUUGGUAUAUCAAAACUGAAAUCGUUCGUUCCGAACUUUGUCGAAAUGGCCAAUGAUAUACAAACGAUCAAAAAUCGCAUGGAACACUUUGACACGGUACUGCAAAGAAUUAAUGAAAAACUAGAUUCUAUAAACCCGUCUUCCAUAGCUCAGUUAAAUGGGAGGUAGGCUAUUAUUUUGUAUAAAAACCGCACUUUCAACUGAUAAUGUUAAUAUGAAAUAAUUUAGAACUUUGAUGCUAUUUUGUACAAUCAAACAAUUACUUAUGCGAUAUUUUUUUUGAAAAUUUUGUCUCCGCUGAUGUCAACUACAACCAAUAUUUCGAGUUAUCUUGAGGAUGCGCGUUAAUGUCUAUUUGGUUUGAAAAAU